AUGUUGGCGUAUCGCGGGUCCAUGUCUGCGUUGAGGAGCGGUGCAUGUCGCCGGGCACUUGCGAGGCUUUAUUCUUCAGGUAGCCGAAAACAGCUGAGCAUAGAUGCGGGCACACUGGAGUUCAGCAAGAGAAACGGCAUCUUGGAGGGAAAACUGAAGCAGUACUAUCCCUCGCUCUCCAACAUUCGUGUUGAUCCCCUGUAUAAGCCUACCACGCUGGAAAAGUUCCGAGCGGAUUAUGUCGUUGCACAAGAGGGCCCUGUUGAUGACGAGAGCAAUCAGUUUUACGUCAACGGCAGAGUCAAGAGUAUAAGGUUUUCUGGCAAGAAAAUCUGUUUCAUUGACGUUUACAGCAACCAAUCAGGGGCGCAACUGCAAUUGAUAAUAAAUUUCCAGCGAAUCGAUCGAAAGGAGCAGUGUGAAUUUGUAGGCAGUUUGGAAUUUCUGAAGGUUGGGGAUUUCAUCCAGGCUUAUGGGUUCCCGAGCUACUCGAAAUCCAGGGCCAGGACGAUGUCUUUGAACUGUACGAAAUUACCGGUUCUGCUCUCAGCGGCUCAGCUCUCACUGCCGCCUAAACUGAGUGACGCUGCAAAAAUCAAAAACAAUCGCGUGGUAGAUUACCAAGUUAACGGCGUGGAAGUUCUACUGCUCAGACAUUCGAUAUUGAAAUCUCUCAGGGACUUCUUUGACUCCAGGGGAUUUGUCGAAGUCGAAACGCCUAUUUUGUCAUCAAAGAGUAAUGGUGCCGCAGCCCAGCCCUUCAAGACGACAUCGCAUUCUUUACCGAAAAAUGCUAAUGAGCUGGAAAUGAGGGUUGCUCCAGAGUUAUGGCUGAAGAGACUCGUAGUAAGUGGACUAGAUAAAGUUUAUGAAAUCGGUAAAGUUUUUAGAAACGAAGGUGUCGAUGCAAUUCACAAUGCUGAAUUUACAACCCUCGAGUUUUAUCAGUCAUUCACUUCAAUGGAACAGCUCAUUGAGAUCAGCGAAGAAUUGUUCAAAAAGGUGUUAUUAGACCUAACCAAAAGCCACGAUAACGAUGUCUUAGGAAAACUCAACAGUGUAUUACGCGAGAACAACUGGAAAUUCAAGCGAGUUGAGUUCCUGCCCACGUUGACAAAGGAAUUAGGUGUAGAUUUUUCCAAGGUCAAUUUGGAAAACGCAGAUGAAAUCUAUGGUGUGCUGCCAAGGGAUGCAGAAAUCCCGAAGAAUUUAUCCUCGCAACAAUUGCUGAAUAAACUAUGCGCGAAGUAUAUCGAACCCCUGCAUUGUAAUGCAUUGCUACCAACAGUGAUAUAUCACCAUCCGACUGUAAUGUCACCCUUGGCGAAGACAAAUCCGCUAAAUCCAGAUACUACCAAAAGAUUCGAGAUUUUUAUAAAUGGCCAAGAGUAUAUCAAUGCGUAUGAAGAAGAAAAUUGCCCUCAAUUACAAUUGGCCAAAUUCGAGGCACAACAGAAAGCUGGCGAAACUUACAACGAUAAGGAAUCUUUGAACGUCGACUACAAUUACGUAGAAGCAAUGAAAUGGGGGAUGCCUCCGAUUGGAGGAUUUGGUCUGGGAAUAGAUAGACUUUGCAUGCUUCUUCUGAAUAAAAAACGAUUGGAGGAAGUAAUCGCCUUUGGCUGUCUUGAUGAUGUAAAUAGGCAGUAG